AUGAAGCGCAGUGGAAGGAGAUUUAAAGAAGUUUUUCCUCUGGAGGUGUGUGUUGCCGAUGGCAGGGGCAGAAGGAGUUCCGAUUCUAGGGGUGCUAAGAUAAACAGUCCUCCUCCCUUGCUACCUCUCUCCAGAGCUCAGGCCAUGGUUGUCGUAAAUAGAUGGUUUGAGGAUGGAACAUUAAACCCCAGAAUAGAUAGAGAGCCACCAACACCUGAAAACUUGAGAGACCCAAAAUAUUGCAUGGUGCACCGAAAUAAGAGCCAUGGGUUAACUGAUUGUUAUGUGGUGAGGACGAUGUUUCAUAGGCAAGUGAAGGAAGGGAAGAUAUUCCUCAAUGGAGAACAAAAUCAAGAAGGUGUAAAAAGCACUCAUUUUCCUCAACAUGAUGUUGGAAUGAUAGGCGUUGAAGGAGAGGUAAUGCUAACAGAGAUCGUAGAUGAAGCAAAAGAGAUGGUCACCAUGGAGGAGUCCUUGGAUGAAGACACAUUGACAAGAGGUCUUUUGAAGUCUCGAGGUUGUAGAAUCAUGUUCAACCAACUUGGCUUGGAACCCCACAUUCAGAAAGAGGUGGCUAGAGCUCUAAUAGGAGUCGUUCAGAAGCAUGAAAAAAAUUUUGGGGGAGUCAACGCUCCGCUCACAAGAUUAGCAAAGUCCCAUGCAAACGCCCUGGUGUUUUGGAACUCUGACUCAUUCAAUAGGGAGUUCUACCAUAAUAAACCAUUGUACGUGGAAGCAGUGGUAGAAGGCAUGAAGGUCAGAAGGGCCUUGGUGGAUGCUGGAUCGGGGGUAAAUAUCAUACCCACUCAUAUAUUUCUAGAAAUGGGAGGUUUUGCUGAUCAGAUAAGGCCUAUUCAAGUAGGGCUCAAUGCUUUUAAUGGAGUGGGUGUGAAAUCUAGAGGGUAUGUUAAUACUGUCUUAGAAGUUGGCCCCAUAAAGACCAAUAAUAAGUUUCAUGUGGUGGAUGGAAGUUCUAGCUACCACAUCCUACUGGGACGUCCAUGGAUUCAUUUACAUCGGUGUGUUCCUUCAAGUUGA